AUGACGACAGCUACACCGACGACGGCGGCUGCAACGACGUCGUCCCAGCGGGGCGCGGCACCGCUGACGACGGUGUUCACGACGCCCGACUUCUGCGCUCCGCUGUACUGGCAAGACACGGUGACGCCGGCGUUAUCCAGUUCGAUAUGCAUGCCGCCCAACUUCCAGCAGUACUGGGUCUACAAGUGGGGCUUCUACUCGCCCGGCAUCUGCCCAACGGGGUACACGGAAGGGUGCGCGUUCCCCAGCUCGCUGGCCAUAUCCGACAACGGGACGCCAUUUUACGGCGGACCGAUCGUUACCGGGGAGACGGCUCGAAUCUGCUGCCCGACGGGGUACACCUGUCUGACGGGGACGGCGUACUCGUACAGCAAAUGCAUUUCGACCGAAUCGUGGACGACGUACUGGACGACGGAUUACUCGAACUCGGUUAAGCAGACGACGGAGCUGGCAACCGUGUUUGGGCUUCAGGUCCGGUGGCGGGAAUCCGAUUUGAGCAUCUUGGAAACGGACCCCACC